UCUCUCUAUCUAUCUAUCUAUCUAUCUAUCUAUCCACGUGUCUAUGUUACCAGUGCUCCCGAACAGUGAUAAAAAAGUCAAGAUCAGUCAUAUUAUCACCACUCGAAGAGGUUAGCAGCGUCUGAAUUGCUAGUGGCAGGAAUUAUCAUUUACAUAUCCGGCACCAGGGUUCAAUAUACAUCGUUUAAGGAACAGAUGAAGAAUGCGUACGUAGAGGAUAAUUCACGUCACAUCAGUUUGACCUUUAACACACCUGAGCAAGACCCAAUUUGGAACGCACAGGUGACUCAGAGCGCUCAGUAACAAACCUCGGACAGAGUAAGAGGAAAACCAAGGCUCGUGUAUGAAUAAUCCAAUAGUUCGAUACCGUGACGACUCAGUGAACGACUACGCCACCGCCACAACCUUCACCACCACCACCAAGAGGGAAGUUAUACGCCCUCUCUCCCUCUCUCACACGAGUCCGAAGGGAGCGGAUGUAUGAGAGGGGUGAAAUGAGAAGCCCGGACCCACCUCACAUCCAUACUGAUUAGAUAACACGUCUCUCACAGGAUGGAACGUUACGAGAGCCUGGGCGUGGUGGGCGAGGGGUCCUACGGCCUCGUCCUACGCUGUCGCCACAAGGAAUCGGGACAGACGGUGGCGGUGAAGAAGUUCCUUGAGAGUGAGGAUGACCCAACCGUGAAGAAGAUUGCGUUGCGGGAGGUGCGGAUGCUGAAGAAACUCCGCCACGAGAACCUGGUGAACCUGAUCGAGUUUUUCCGCCGCAAGCGCCGCCUGUACCUGGUGUUCGAGUACGUGGACCACACCAUCCUGGACGAGCUGGAGGCCACGGAGGCGGGGCUCGAUGAGGAGACGGCGAGGGCACACAUUUUCCAGGUCCUGCGCGGCAUUGCCUUCUGCCACCAAAACCAGAUCAUCCAUCGGGACAUCAAGCCAGAGAACGUGCUGGUGAGCCGCCUCGGGGUGGUCAAGCUGUGUGACUUUGGGUUCGCGCGGCUCCUGGCGGGUCCGGGCGAGUCCUGCACUGACUACGUGGCCACCAGAUGGUACCGCGCCCCCGAGCUGCUGGUGGGGGACACGAAGUAUGGCAGGGAGGUGGACGUGUGGGCCUCGGGUUGCCUCCUGUCCGAGAUGCUGACGGGUGAGCCGCUCUUUCCCGGCGAGUCUGACAUCGACCAGCUCUUCCACAUCAUCCAGACGCUUGGUGAGCUGAGCACGUCACACCGUCAUUUGGUCGAGCGGAAUCCCAUGCUGGCGGGUCUGCGUCUCCCUGAAGCAGCCUCAACACCCCUCGCCUCCUCCUUCCCGAACUGGUCACCGCGCGCCCACGCCUUCGUCUCGGUCUGCCUGUGUCUGGAGCCCUCCGCGCGCCCCUCAGCCCAGGAGCUUCUAAACCAUGAUUUCUUCAUGCACGACUGCUUCCCCGAGACCUUCCUGCCGAUCCUGAAGCAGCGUGUGCAGCAGGAGUUCAGCAACAACUUCCUUCUCGGUCUGUCCGGGCGGCGGGGAUCCAGCACGGCGGACAGGAAGGGUCGAGGCAGGAAAUUCCCGGGAGGCGCCAGUCCGGAGAGUGUGUACGGCAGGAGCAUCGCCAGGCCUCAGCCCCAGCCGCCACCAGCCACCAGGAGCGAAAACCCCGUCAGGGCCUCGCCGAUGAAGCAGUGUCAACCUAGUACUCCAGAGGGCCAGUCAGUGUUCGCCAGCCGUCCUGUCGUGUCCUUCGCCUCCCUCACGCCCUCCCAUCGCGGUGGACCCUCGGCGGCUAACACGGGCACCUUCAACAACAUCAACAACAGCUUCAACAGUGGCGAGGAUGUGCCCCCACCCUCCACCACUACCGCCACCACCACCACGUCCACCUCCUCCCGCCUCAUCCCCCCGCUGCGAGACCACAACAGCGUCACCUUCUCCCCCACCACGACCACCUCCACCGCCAACAACAACACCUUCAACACCAACAACAACGCCAACAACAGCAACAACAAUAGCACCAUAGCCCUCACACUGCACAUCACGGGCACCACAAACACGUCAUCGCCGUCUCGCAACAGGGGAGUAGAGAAAAGCCGUAAGUCCCCAGCCAGCCUGUGGGGCGUCCCUCUGAAGCCCCGGGGUCAUGGUCUGUGCAUCCAGGGACAGGGACAGGGACAACACUGGGACGACGAUGACAACCUGACAUCCGACGGCCCCUCCUCCUUCCUCUCCGGCAGCCGCUACCUCACCACAGAUCACGGCCGCUCCAUAGACGCCCCUCGGCCCAUAGAUGCCAGCCGACACCCGUAUACCAUCAGCCUGGACCGCACGAAGGAGUUGGUGGGGAGAGACUCGUCUAGCCUGAGGGAAGCCGCGGCCAGGGACAUCUUCGGAAGGGAGUUCGGGAGGGAUCCACUGAAAGAGAUCAAAGAGAACUCGAGAGAGAGGGAGAGGAGACCCAGGCUGGAGAUUACUGGGUGGGCGCGGCCGCGGCUCCUCAACAACGACCUCUCGCUGCCCAACGUGCCCGGAGUGUCCUCCCCGUCGGUGAGCAACGCCCAGAUAAGUCCCAAGAAGUAUCCGUUGGAGGGCGGCCUGGGCGGCGGCAAAUCCCGGCGCGGCGGCCUCACCAUGCCAGCGCUCAGCUCCGUGCAGCGCGGCUCGCCCAACUCCCUCAGUCGCUCGGUGGGUGGCGCGGCGCAGCGGGACGAGGAGGGAGUGGAGGGAGUGAGGGAGGGGUGGCCUCCGGUGGAGGAGGAAGACGAGGAGGAAGAGGAGGAGGGGGGAGGAGGGAGAGUUAAGAAUGAGAAAUUUUAAGGGAUGGAAUUUAGUAAAUGCCCUGUUUCUCCUUUGCUCUGUACUGACUCAAUUUUUUUCCCAACCAAAAUCUCAAUUAAGUCAUCUUUGUUCAGAGCCAGAAACAAAAGCUUAAUAAGGAGGAUUGCAUUGGAUUGGAUUAAAAUGCCUUGGCAACGCUGUUGUGGCCUGAACGCUUAUCAGAUCUUAUCGUCAGCCUCUCACUCCCUUCCUCUCCCGCAGGUCGAGUCCACUCCCCCCACCUCGCCCCUCGCCAACCUGCCGUACGUGUGACACUUGGCCGCGCGGGCAGGGCCGGCGCGUGGCAACUUUUAGAAAAAAGGAGUCAAACAAGAAUAUGUGAACGAACGAACCUAUGGACAGAACACCUUUCGCUCUGCGAAAGACACAGCAGUGAUAUGUGCAUGUGGGCUGUGGUUUGAUGGCCACAACACUCAAGGAAGUGAGUAAAGAUAAUUAUGGACUCAAGGGAGACAAACAUGACAGCUGAUCAGGGAUGAAGUCAGUGAUAUCUUAUGAUUGUGAUCUUUCUUGACCUUCCCCAAGAGAAGAGUGAGGGAUCACAAGGGAUGCUGUCGGCCCCUGUACGGUGGGCUGAAUCGUAGAGUGUGGACGAAAUAAUUCAUGCAAGCAAUAAUGUUGACCCUUUCCAAACUUUUUUGAAAACUUUUUUGAAAACCAAGUGGUGGCCCAGCAACGCUUGGAAAAUGAUCCUGCCAUUGAUAAUUGUUCCAUGACAGUGAAGUGGCUGGUGUCGCUGCGUCCACCUGGCUGGGUUGGCAUCACAUAGACUACCGUUUCUUCGGACUAGCUGAUAUAAUGAACAUUUUCACAAUUACCGGCAAUAAUCUGCCAACACGUGACAAGAGCUAUGCGCCAGCAAAUUGCAUAAUCUAUCUUUUUUUUUUUUUUUGCAACUGGUCUCACGCCCCAAGAAAAGAUCCGGGUUCAGAUAAUCGAAAUAAGAGGAAACAAGUGUCAGUCUGCCUGCGAGAUUCAGGCAACUGAGCUUCACCUUAAUCCUAUAGGCUUUGAACGCUCCGAAUAUCGAAAAUAGGGAAGUUAAUAAUUUUUUUUUUUGCAGUAAUGGCGAGAAAAGUACAAUAAUGCGACACAUACAGCAUGACCUACUCAUCUCUUGCUUGUUUCCCUGUGUAGCGUGACUCCAGAUACCCAAAAUCCUUUUUACAUUCACCUUCCACGCGAUUUUAAUCAAGUGGAGCUAAUCUAUGUUAUUCGAGAGCGUUAGAGAAAUGAACCGCUAGUAAACUUUGCAUAAACAAAUAAUCAACCAACAUAUCUCCGAGUAAUUCUUCAAGUGUUUGACAAAUAAAAUAAACAACCAUAAUUCGUUGUUCACAUCUGGAGUGUCAUCACUUUCAUUCUCAAGCUGGGCACUUGGCACACAGAAUCCAUUCUGUGUAAGAUCGAGAGAAAAGACGUUUUUUAAUGUAUUUGUUUAAGUCUAGUCAUACCGCGCACAGGUUGUGAAGCACGAGCCUAGAGCAGCGUGCCUUUGUGGACACAGGGUAAAGGUACUGAUUACACACCGUACUAUCACUAUUUGCAUCUGUGUGUGGCCGCAACAAUGUGUGUCUUACUCUCACGUCCGUCCACUGUUUUGAGCCGUCCGUCCACGAAGUCCGUCCCCGGAGUUCAUCCGUCUCGGUGGCGCAGCGCCGGUGGUCCACAGUACAAACUUUUGCACAAUUGGUCCGGAGGCGCGGUUUGCCCCCCACCCCCCUGAAGCGUCAUUGUCGCUUCGGUCCGGAGUCCUCGUCACUCUAGUCACUGUUCACGUCACGAGGCCACGAGUUUAACAAGUUUCACGUGUCUAGUUUACGGUGCCGCGGUCACUGGGCAUCCCGCGGGGUGGUGAGGGACCGCCCCGCCCUGCUCUGGCACCCUCACGUUGAGCAUCCAGAACGCAACGAGACCACGCCGAGUGAAGCUUCGGAGCAAAAGCUGAUGCUGCAUCGUUCGUGAAAGUUUUUACGUCUGAAAUUUCAACACUUGUAAACAUAAUUGUAGUUCUGAAAAAUUCCUGUACAGCAAACUGCUUCUAGUUUUAUAUGGUGAUGAGUGUAUCAUGUGAUAACA